AUGCAGUGGCGAACGUGGGCAACGCUCGCCUCUGUACUCUGGUCCACAGCGGCGACGGCACUCCCCAGCCCCGAGGCUCGAGACGAUAGCAGCCGGAGCAGCAAUAAACCCUACACCGAUCCUACCCUCAAAGACCCCUUAUGGCUGAAGUACGGACUCAAUGCUUCCGCCGAAUAUAAAUACUUCCACGAACCCGGUCGCGACGAUAUCCUCGGCCACUAUGACAUUCGAUUUUUCACAACGCCCGUGAGCGACACGGAGCGCGCAGAGACUUUGACACACAUGAUUCGCGCGUACUUGAACUUUUUCGACGAGAAUGACCUGGAAACGUGGAUUGCGCAUGGAACGUUGUUGGGCUGGUGGUGGAACGGGAAGAUUCUCCCCUGGGAUUGGGAUAUGGAUACUCAAGUCCCCGAUACAACCCUCGCUUAUCUGGCCGACCACUAUAAUCAAACGAUUGUCGAAUACGUGACGCCUGGAGGCAAGGAGAAGCGCGAUUAUCUGCUGGAUAUCAACCCAUGGUCGCGGCAGCGUGAGCGUGGUCAGGGCCAUAAUAUUAUCGAUGCGCGAUUCAUUGAUAUUACGACGGGAUUGUAUAUCGAUAUCACGGGGCUGAGUAGGCUCGAGCUCGAUGCUCAUCCGGAUAUCUGGCAGUGCAAGAACUUCCACAAGUACCGACUAAAGGAUAUCUAUCCACUGCGUCGGACGACCUUCGAGGGGGCUCCGGCUAAGGUGCCCUUCCAGUAUGAUGCGCUGCUGAUGGAGGAGUAUACCGAGUCGGCCUUGACUACGACCAGCUUCCAUAAUCACACUUGGUUCCCUUCUUUAGCCGAGUGGAUCUCCGACGAGACCAUUGCAAACUUGACUCUACAUUUGCCUGACGAUGGAAAAUACGAAUGA